AUGUCCACCAAAUCGAUUGCAAUUAUUGGAGCUGGCCCUGCAGGAUUAGCUGCCCUUUACGAGUUUUUACACACCAACGCCGACGGAUCCUCGACAUUAGCCGAUCCAAAAAAGACCUACAAAGAUGUUUCCAAUACAGCUACUUCGCCGGCAUUCGCAAAUGUGGUCGUAUUCGAACUGAAAGAUAAAGCUGGUGGAAUUUGGGCUCCUGCUACACCUGAAGCUGAUCUCAAUUUUCCACCGCAAGAAAUCAAUGAGUAUCACAACCCGAAUCAAGUCAGACCCUCCAACGAUCCCCCAACAGGGGUUGACAAAGCAACAUCAAAAGCUCCUGUCAUUGUUCAAAAUGAACCUAAUUACUCAGUAACAGGAAGAAAAUCUCACCAUGGACCAUUGAUAAACGAGUUGGAGUGGACUAGAUCGGGUGUGUUUCCAUUUUUGUUCACCAACAUUCCAACUCGAUUUACUAGGUACUCCUUCCUCCCCAAUGAGCAAAAGUACCUCGAUGCCAACAGAAUUAUCUACCCCUUUCUUACACACAAUGAAUUGACCCAAAGGUUUACCGAUUUCAUCAACGACAAUGAUUUGAAUAAACACAUCCGAUUGAGCACGUCUGUGGAAAAGGUUGAAAAACAUGGUAAUAAAUGGGUCGUCACCGCUCGCCACAAAACUCCUGAUACCAGUGAAUGGUACACCGAGAGCUUCGACUAUGUUGUUGUCGCCAACGGCCACUACACCGUUCCAUACAUUCCUCACAUUGAAGGAUUGGCUGAGUACAAUGCAAAAUUUCCCACCCAUUUGAGCCAUGCCAAGUCUUUCAGGGAGUUGGAUGAAUUUAAAGAUAAGCAAGUAUUGGUCAUUGGUGGAAGUAUCUCCACCGCAAACAUCUUGCAAUAUUUGGUCCCAGUUGCGAAAUCUGUCGCCAAUUCUAAACGUGGCCCUCAUGGUGUCUUCCCCUACAUCAAUGAUGCUUUAGUUUCGGAAGGUAUUGAUCCAAAACCCACAAUCGAUUUUGUUGAUCCUGAAACUGGGGAAUUUCAUUUUGCUGAUGGAUCGAUUGGAAAAUAUGAUAAAGUAGUGUUCUCUACUGGGUAUCACUACCACUUCCCAUUCUUCCCAAAAAAUGAUCAUUUGAAGUUGAUUAAUCCUGGGAAUUUGUCACGUGUUGGAGGGUUGUAUUUAAAUACUUUUGACCAACAAGAUCCUACCCUUGGAACUGUUGGUAUCACCGUCUCCCAACUUAACUUUCAUACCAUUGAAGCUAGUGCUGCUGCUUUAGCUGGUGUCUGGUCUGGUGCCAAGAAAUUACCCCCAUUGGAAGAGCAAAUAGAAUGGGAAAAGAAUUUGGUUGCUGAACGUGGCGAUUCUUUGUAUUUCCAUUACUAUAAUCAACAUCAGGCUAAGGAUUUUAUCAACGCUGUUGCUCCUUAUUUUCCUAACGGGAGAUAUAAUCCAAUUGAAAUUGAUGGUUCUUAUGUGACUGAAGUUGACAAAGGUGGUAAUUACUUGGAGAAGUUGUUUUAUGGAUUGAAAGAAGGCGAGAUUAAAAUCGAGGAAACUAAUCCAUCUUACAAGGGAAACAACGAUACAAGGAAACUUGGUGUAGUUCAGGUUAGUGUUGAGGAAGCUGAAUUAGUUCCAACAUAG